AUGUUUUCUCCAUCAACAUUUGCGACUUUUGCCUGCUCCAUUGGGCUGGUCCUCACAAGCCCAAUCGGAGGACUGCACGCUGGAGUCAAUAUACAGCUUUCGGUCGGCAAGGAUCUUCUGGAGAAUGCUACUAGUGGACGAGUGCUGGUUCUCCUGGCUCCUGCCGGAACGGAUCCUUUGGCCGACACGGACGUUACGACCUCGCCCGACUUGUUCUUUGGAAAGAACGUCUUCGAUAUUGACAGCAAGAACAUCGUAUCGCUGUCCGACGGGGAUGGUUAUGCGACCAGUACUGGCGUUUGGGGUUUCCCAAAUGUCAGCCUCAAUGAUGUGCAACCAGGAGAGUACACCAUUCAAGCUUUCCUCAACCAAUACGAGACUGUGACUCGCAGCGAUGGAUCAACCGUCAGCGUACGCUUUCCUUGCGGCGAUGGUACCGUGCCAGUGAAUGGACCGGGCAGUCUGAUUACUACCGCGAAGAAUGUCACCAUCAGUAAGAAGCAACACGAUGUCAAACUUGCUUUCAGCAAUAUCACCGCCGGAAUCGAGUUCAACGGUACAGAGAUCGGCGGCUGCUCCCAAGGAAACUACGAAGAUAGCGAAAUGCUCAAGAAUGUCAAGAUUCGAAGUGACCUUCUGAGCAAGUUCUGGAAUCGCGACAUGUACGUCGGCGCCACUGUGCUCCUCCCUCAAGGCUACAACGCUUCGGAUAACGCCACGAGGUAUCCUGUACUCUACCAUCAGAAUCACUGGAGUGGUGGCGAUGCAGCAUACCGUUAUGGAUCCGACGAUGGGUUCACUCGAGCUUGGGACAGUGGCAUCAUCCCGGGAACGAACAUAUCAGCAGCUCGAGAGGCGCCAAAGCUGAUCAUGGUCACUUUCCGCCACGAGACACCGUUCUACGACGACUCUUAUGCGGUCAACACAGCCAACCUUGGACCUUAUGGCGAUGCUAUCAACGACGAACUUAUCCCACAUAUCGAGAGACUCUUCAACUCAAUUCCUGCGCCAUACGCCCGAAUCCAAGAUGGAGGCUCCACAGGCGGUUGGGAAUCAGCCGCGAAUGUUGUGUUCAGACCUGACCUAUUCGGAGCUUGUUUCUCUUCCUAUCCAGAUUCCCUAGACUUUCAUAAGCAUCAGGACAUUCCGCUGUAUACAUCGAAGAAUGCAUACACUCGCCCCGACGGAAGUAAAAUUGCCUCGAUCAGAGAGGUGAUCAACGGUACCCUUACCGAGGUCACCACAGUAGAGCAAGAAAACCAUUGGGAGUUGACUUUUGGGACGUCUACUCGCUCAGCUUUGCAAUGGGAUAUAUGGAACGCCGUGUUUGGAGUGCAAGGACUGAACAACUAUCCCUUGGAGCCUUGGGAUAAGGUCACUGGGGAAAUCUACCCCGAUGCUGUGGAGUACUGGAAGCAGAUGGAUUUGACGGAGCAUAUCAUUACAAACUGGGAUAAUGAGAUGAAUCUCGGAGAAGUCUUGAAGGGUAGGAUGUUUGUCUACGUGGGAUCCUACGAUACGUACUUUCUCAAUGAAGGUGUUGAAGCGUUCCAGAAGAGAGUGAACGCGAAAGGCGGAGAAGGCUGGGCAAACGUCACGAUUCUGGAAGGGAAGAUCCAUGGUGGAAACUACAACUUGCUGCCAACUUGGGAGUAUCUGGAGCUUGUUGUUGGCUGGGUGAAAGACCAUGCGCCGAAUGGGAAAACACCACUCGAAGAAGCACGAACGGGAGUCUCUGCGAGGGGGAAUCUAUGGGAGGACGUCAUUGCUAGAGGUGGCCAUGAGGCAGCCAAGCAAAGACAGGCGGAUCCAAGAAUUGAGGCAAUUGAGGGAAGGAAUGUCAGGGCUAGUGUGGGACGAUGGGAUCCUGGAGUCAAGCUUCAAGCGCAGUGGAUUGUUGAUGGCAAGGCAGUAGGGAAGGCUUUCAAGGUUACAAAAGAUGAACAGGUGGUGUACAAAUCGAAGAGGGCGUGUACACUGCAGCUUGCCGUUACUGGGAGGAAGCGUGGAUAUGUGGAUGAGACUAGAAAAAGUGGUACUAUCGAGGGCUGA